AUGAAUCGUGUACUAGAAUGCGUGGUGGUACUGCUCGGCACUCUAUUUUUCAUUAUCAUCAACGGCAUCAAGAAUCUACUGCCAAACGGUGUGCUCCCACGCAAGUCAGUGCAAGGAAAAAAGGUGCUCAUCACCGGAUCGGGCAGUGGAAUCGGGAGAUUGAUGGCCGUCGAGUUUGCAAAGCUCGGGGCUGAAAUCGUCAUUUGGGACGUGAACACGGACGGAGCAGAGGAGACGAGACGGCAGGUGGAGGCCCUGGGCGGCAAGGCGAGCAGUUUUAUCGUGGAUCUGUCGCAGUACAAGACAUUCACAGAGUGGCCGACGAGACGAAGAGGGCCGUCGGGGAUGUGGACAUUCUCAUCAACAACGCUGGAAUUGUCACAGGUACUUGGAAUCUGAAAGUGGCAGGAAAAAUUCGAAUGUUGUAGGGAAGAAGCUGUUCGACUGUCCCGAUGAGCUGAUGGAAAAGACGAUGGCAGUCAACACCAACGCUCUGUUUUACGUAAAUUCCUCUCCGUCUUCAUUUCAAUACCAUUUCGUUCAGACCGCCAAGAACUUCUUGCCGGCAAUGCUCGAGAAAAACAGCGGUCAUCUGGUGACCGUAGCCUCGAUGGCCGGUAAGACUGGAGUCGUCGGAUUGGUUGACUACUGCGCCUCUAAGCACGGGGCUAUCGGAUGCCACGACUCGAUAGGAAUGGAGAUUCUCGCGCAGAAGAAGUACGGAGUCAAGACCACUCUCAUCUGCCCGUUCUUCAUCAACACCGGCAUGUUCCACGGAGUUACCACCAAGUGAGCCAUCACGAGCCUUAAUUAAAUCAUCUGUGAGGUGUGUAUUCAGGUGUCCAGCCCUGUUCCCGAUUCUGGAAGCAGACUACGCCGUCGAGUGUAUUCUGGAGGCGAUUCUGACGGACCGUCCGUUGCUGUGCAUGCCGAGGGCCUCCUACAUCAUCCUCGCCCUCAUCGGACUCCUUCCCAUCGAGGCACAGGUGCUCAUGGCCGACUUCUUCGGAACGAGCGAAUCGAUGAACGACUUCAAGGGAAGAGAGAAGAAGUCCGAGUGA